CAUCGCGGGAGCCCGGAUAUCUUUUUUAUUCUAUAAUCGUUCAUAACCUACGACAUAUGCUCUUUUCCUUUAUCAAAUGGGUUCAGGAAGUUGAUCCUACAUGGAGAAUUGCUAUGGUGCAAGGACCAAGCAAGCUUGUUCCACUAGAGACAAGCAAUACAUAUCUCCCGGAGAUGUGGGUGAGUCCCAUUCUUGGUCUGUUUCGGUGCGAGUAGUAGCUGAUGGCUUGCAGACAUUAUUCACGGUUGCCCUUCUGGUGGUAACAAUCCGAUAUGCCGUACGGAUUCGCACUGUUGGAUGCAGAGGAUUCGAGAGUGAUGACUACGUCGCGCUUGUCUUCAUUUCUUGUUGUGCCAUCAACAUGGCGGUCGUUCAAAUCACGUAUUAUACAGGAGCAAAUAUUAUUAUAACCGCUGAGCUAGCGGAGACGCUCCCUGAUAGGGAUAUCAAGAUUUUAGAGUUUGGGUCACUGUUGGAAUUCAUCUCGUGGUAUACUUAUUCUGGCUGUCUUUGUAAGUCCCCAUAUCCUUCACCUUCUCGAAAAUAUUACCAACAACUAAACGCUCACAUCUAGGGACUUUGAAAUUCAAAGUACUAUGCUUCUAUCGUCGCCUAAAAUCGCAUCUAUGGUGGAAUAACACAACACUGAAAAUUCUCUUUUGGGUCACGGGACUCUCUUUCGUGUUUCUCGCCCUUAGUAUAUCCUUCACCUGUCGACCAUACUCAGCAAACUGGCAAAUCAAACCAUUCCCGGGGCCAGAGUGUGUCUUUCGACCCCAGAACUUCUGGAUUACCGUUAUCUUCAACGUCCUGACGGAUUUCGCAAUUAUGUCUAUUCCUCUUCCAAUAAUCUGGCACCUGCGAGCCUCCCGUAUGCGAAAAAUUGGUGUGUCUCUAUUACUAUUAUCAGGAAUCUUCAUGAUUUCACUCGCUGUAAUCAGAGCAGCAAAAACGCUCAACGGAAAACCGUCUGUUAUCAACAUCAAUCGAUGGGGAUGGCGUGAGAUCAUAGUGGGGACGGUAGCGGUCAACGCACCAGUUCUCGCGCCGAUCUUUACUCGUGCUUUUUGGAGAAAGGGGUCAUAUAGACCUUUUACGCCGCCGGAUCCUGGGCUACGCAGGCUCUCAACGAGAAAACCGCCAGCAUUGGAAAGUAUUGUAUUUGGACACUACACAGACGAUCCUGACGAGGGCCAUGAGUUAUCGAACUUGGAGGGGGAGGAGUAGUUCAAGCCACGUUGGGAGUGGGUCUAUCGGCAGAUGAGUGGGAUGAUGAAAAUUGAUGUGCUCAAUACCCC